AUGGACCAACUCACUGGCUCCGGUCCCGAGCGCGCAUUGCGUGAUUCGAUGGAAUACUGGACGAAGUUUGUCGACAAAUCCAUAUUCAAGCGCCUUGACACGGAGACAUUUGAGGAAUUCGUCCCGCUUGUCCAAAAUCAGCAUCCUCUCCCGCCGUUCGUGAUCGCCCUUUUAUUCCUUCAACCGCAGCCUUACAACGUCAUAAGCCUCGAUCCGCGGAUACCUCCAUAUAUACAGAUUCUUACAAAACUGGGAUACGUUGAUGCGCCGUCCAUUUUAAGGGUUCUGUACAAGUUUUCGUCGCUGCACACGCAGCUCAAAACAUCGCAAAAUGAAACCCAGUCCGCGAGUAAGGGCAACAACCCUUACCAGCGCUCAAAAGAGAAGAGAAAGAAACCGCAGCGGUGGAAUAGUUCGGCCUGGGUGGAGGAGUUCAUGUUCUAUCAUGUCAUCAAGAUCAUUGUGGAGGGAACCGCCUUUCGAGAAUCACGCGUCGUUCUGGAGCUGGUCCAGGUCAUUUCCAAAUGGAUGGAGCUUUUCACCUCAGUAUCCAGCGUCUUCGCGACAGAUGUCAUGGGCGAGUUGCAGAGUUCACAGGCCCGUAUCGACAUGGAGACUGCACGAGCUGCCUUUGUCCCGCUCCUGUUGCGACUGGUCGAGGUUCCUGCGCUUGUAAAGGCCAUCAGUAGCCCACAUGCCAAAGCUAUUCGAAAAAGCCUCGCAAACAGCAUGGCUGGCUUUAUUCAGACACUGCAGCCGGCCCCGGGCUUUGUCGAACGGCUAGAGAUCUUCCGCACGGAAACUUUGGCCAGACUAGACCCGAUUGAUAAGAAGGACCAGGCGGCCACUAAUGCCGCUAUGGACGAGCUUUUGGGGACGACUGUUGGUUUAGACAGUUUUGUCAUUCCGGACCUGCUAAUCUCCAACACCAGAUCAGCGGUAUAUGUCUUUUUGAAUGCAUCACUUGUAGGACGUCCUUUGAUCGACGACAAUGUAUUGAUAUCAUAUUUACAAAACCGAUAUCAGGGUGCAACACAGUCGAGCGCCAUUGAAUUGAUAGUGGCAUCGUUUGAUAUCCUCGCCAAUGCCGUAUUCCGCAACGAAGGGCCCAAAGACGCACAUUUGUUGAAAUCUUUUCUCGUCAACAAAGUACCCCUUCUCCUAUGCCUCCUUUUUCUCCGGGAACCAACGUUUGACACCAACGCUUCCGAGUUUUGCAUUACCGAGGCUCUGAGCCAAGUAGAUACCAGCGUAUUUCCCACCGCCUCGCUUAUGUUUGACGAAUCCAGAAGUAAUAAUCCGUACACUGAGAGUGUGCGCGAGGAAUUCUGCACAGCCUGUGCCCUUCACGGCCUCGUGCAAAGGGAGCACGUUGAACGAAUUUUGGGCGAGCUAUCCAUGUCAUAUGAGCCUUCACUAGAAAAGUACUCCAAGGAAAAGCUUGUUCAGGAUUGUUUGGCCGACGCCGAAAAGGUCCAGGGAUUAAUACGAGAACUUGAGAAGAUGGACGGCAACGUUGGUGCGGUCUGCCAAGCAUUGGUAGAGGUGAUGCGUCAACUCUGUAACAAUAAAGAAACCAUGUCGUUGAAGCUUUUGUGCAGCCAACUGGCGCAGAAGCCUCGAAUCCUCGACAUUCUGUUGCUCUUUGAGAAGCUGCCCUCUAUUCUGGACCCAUUAUGUCAACUCCUGGAUAACUGGCGAUACGAGGAGGAUCAAGGCGAAUACCAGCCCAUAUACGAAGAAUUCGGCUCCAUUCUCCUCCUUGUGCUAGCCUUUGCAUAUCGGUAUAACUUGACUGCAGCUGAUAUUGGCAUCACGUCGCCAGACUCUUGUAUUGCCAAAAUCCUUGGCAGAGCACAUAUUAGCCGUGACAGAGAUGAGCUGACUGAGCAAGAAAAGGGUCAUCUGAGCGGCUGGAUUCAUGGUCUCUUUGCUGACUCUGGAGGCUUGGGCGAUGAUCUAAUGUCUUCGUGUCCGCCACAGGAUUUUUAUCUGCUCGUAGCGUCUCUGUUUCAGAAUAUUGUCGUGGCGUACACAUAUGGCUAUCUCAGUGACGAAACUCUGAAAGGAGGUAUAGAAUACUUGGUGGAUACGUUUUUGCUGCCUUCACUUGUACCGGCACUGCGUUUCCUCGCAGACUACCUGUGGGUAGAGCAGAAAGAGCAAAAGGCAAUUAUCAAAAUCUUGCAACUCAUCCUGCUACCCAGCUCUAUUUCCGGGGAGGCAAGCACCAUGUUAUCAUCAGUUCGAAAUCUAGUAGCAAAACCACUGGAGCACUCGCUGCGGACAUAUCAGCGCCAGGACCCCAAGAACCAGGAUAUCCAGCCACUGUUGAGAGCUCUCAAGGACAGCCUGCCGCUGUCGCGGCGAACCGGUGGCGCAGAUCACAAUGAACUCCAAUCGUGGACGAACAGCUCCAGCGCGGGACUUGCUGGCGCCUUGAGACACACAGUACAGGGUCUCGUGCAAUGGAGCAUGCAUCCGAGUGUUAAUAGCAUGCCCACAUCUUACACACACAGACAGUUAAUCGCUGCGCAAAAAAUCAUGGGAGCCAAGCGGACGCUCCGACUUCUUCUGGAGGAAGUCCGCACGCAAUCCGAGACGGGCAGCGCAAACAUUGUGUACGACGCCGUCGCGGCAAUUGUUUGCGCUCCCAACGUCACCAAUGAGCCUCCGCCAAACAACCAAAUGAUGGACGCAUCGGGCAAUGUUCCGCCCGCCGUUCAACGGCCCCUGACGCUCCGUGAAGUCCUGCGCCUCGAAGCCGAAGGGUGUAACAAGCUACAAAAGGCGGACCCUGUCCUGGCCGAGAUUGUGGUCCGCCUCUAUCGCCGCGUUGAAGCACACAUGGCGAUGCCCCAGAACCAGGCUAUUCUCGAGGCACCAGGUAUCCAGCUCGAUCUUGGCUCUGGGGCAGGUGGUCUCGGGGAUGUUGAUGCCAUGGCGGCUGUUGGUGUUGGCGCAGACGGCAUGACGGUUGACGGGCUGGACAUGGGUAUUGGCGGCCCGGGAAGCGCAGGCGGAUUGGAUGCCACUAGCGACGGCGAUUUGUUUGGCGGCCUGGAUACGAAUGGCAUGGAUAUGUUUGGCUGGGGAGACAGCAUGGACUUGAGUGGGAAUUGA